CUCUCUUCGUCUCUCUCAAUUCUCUGCGUAUUCUCAAUUCUCUUCUGCUUUCACAAUCGAAAGUCGAUCUGCCCUCUCUCAAUUCUCCUCUUGUGCUCUCACGAUUGAAAGCUUUCAAUCAUCGGCGAAUUGGAAAAAAGAUGUCGGUGCAGAUGAUGAUGGUGAGGGACGCCGGAGCUCCGGUGUUUUUCCGCCGUCCUUUGAUCGCGCUUCCUCGGGCUCAUGCCGUGGGGUUUGCGAUCGCUCCCCCUCCUCCCCCUCCCCCUCCUUGCAUUCAAUUUCACUUGCCGAUUCCUCAUUUCUCUCAUCCGGCGCCGAUUUCCGAUAAGGUAGAGGUUCGCCGGGUCUGCCGCUACAAUCUCAAGAUGGAGUUGGCCAUUAUUGAGGGCAUGGUGAGGAGAGGGUACCGGUUCGCUUCUUUUGAUACUGAAUUUCCCGGCACUGUGGUUCCGUCGGGAAUUGACCGCCGCUUUCUGUCCCAAGCGGGUCCCGAUGAGGUUUACCGAAUGAUGAGGGAUAAUGUGAACCAAACUCACAUUAUUCAACUCGGCUUUACGAUUUCCGACCCAAAUGGCCGUCUUCCGGUUGUUAAUGGUGCCUAUUGCUGCUGGGAGUUCAACUUUAGGGAUUUCGACGUCGAUUCGGACUCGCAUCUGCGAAACAACGACUCCAUUGAGUUGUUGAAGCGUCAAGGAAUCGAUUUCGAUGAAAACAAGCGGUCUGGUGCGAUGGUCUCCCCAUCAGUGAAGAAAGGCGAUGCAAUACUAGCUGGCACGGGUCCAAACAAAAUGGUGUCUCUGAUGAGAAGGAUGAGUUGGAGAGUAUACCUAAUGAUCCUGCUUUGUAAUUGGAGGCCACUACUCAGUUUCAAAAGCUAUUAUCAAUCGAUUUGUGUAGAAUGCAGCCCUCCAAUUAAUGAGGUCAUAAAGGCGGGUGCGGUCCCGCAAUUCGUGGAAUUCCUUGGAAGGCAGGAUCUGCCACAACUACAGUUUGAAGCUGCAGGGCCCAUGACCGAUGUUGCGUCUGGAACAUCUGAGGAUAAUUGAGUUCUUAUUGAACACAAUGCAGUUCCCCUGUUUGUGCAGCUAUUAACCUCUGCUAGGGAUGAUGUCAGAGAGCCGUUUCUCACUCCCUUUUACUAUUUUCAUUAACUUGAUAGCCCAGUAUUAAAAAAAAUUGGGCAGUUUAUGUUCAUAUUUUCACUGGUUAUACAAGUCAUAGUGUUUCUUCAUAUCACUUUUAAGGAA